UCCAGUCACUCCCAUGUCAGUGGUUACCUCCUUACAGGCCUUGCCAUCCGGCAUCGUCGGCAGGCUGAUCCAGGCGGCCUCUAACUUCCGUAAUGGGCACACUGGCCAGCUGUCUGCUGUCUCUGUCUUCCUGCAGCUUGCUGGAUCCCUCGCUCGCAUCUUCACCUCACUGCAGGAAACUGGAGACACUCUGAUGGCCCUCACCUACGUCAUAUCCUCCGCCUGUAACGGCGUCAUCGCCCUGCAGGUUCUCUACUACUGGAACAGCUCCCCGGAACGCAAGAAGAAGAGCGAGUAGGCAAAGGACACUAAGCUUCAAUCAUAGAGCAGCACGUUUCUUUCCAUAGCCAACUUUUAGACGUUCUCCAAGAGGUGUCUUCAAAACUUGAACUAAUUGUACAGAGUCACCGAGGAGUGCGGGGACAUUGGAUCUGCUGGACAAACAUUUGACUUUAAAGCAAGGACGUGAACAGAACAUGCCAAAUAUAUCUUCCAUGUGGGCCCGCUGGCUUUAUGUCGCUGGGUCCAGACUGCCCUGCUGUGUAAUACACUGAGAUUACAUUCCUCUUGAUCCUCAUCUCUGUCAGGCUCCGUUCACACUGGUGUGUUCAAAUGUUUGGGAACAUUUAGUGUACUUGUUACCGGCACCAGACCUAGGGGAAAUCUGGACCGGCAGCAAAGGUUACACAGGCUAGCAAGCACUGUGUAGCCAACUGAUCUAACUGUGGAUUAAUACAGAGAGAGGACCAACGUUGGCGUCAUGCUCAGGCCAGAGCUAGUUUUAUUCUGAGCUGCGCAUGAGCGGAGCCUGUAGCUACGGUCUCUCUAAUGAAGGGGUCUUCAACGUUAUUCAGGCCAAGGACCCCCAAACUGAUAGAGAGAUGGAGCAGGGAUCCCCGACUAU